CGCUAUGAUUCAGGUAUUAGUUCAGUGCAGUUCAGUGCAUUACACCGAUUACGCGUUGUAAUGGUCUGCGGGUUCAACGCAAAAUUUAGUAUUAGAAGUUUUAUCAUAGUGUUUGUAUAAAAUACGUAAAAUGAACGCGUUGUUCUUCCUCGUAUUGAUUGCAAGUGUUUCGAAGUUUGUAAUCGCAGAAUGGAACACGAAAGACUAUAUGAAACGAGAACAUUCAUUGAUUAGGCCGUAUCAAGGAUCUGGAAUGACAGUUCCUUACUGGGAUUUCUCUGGUAGUACAAUCGUAACAAAUAACUACAUAAGAUUAACACCAGAUCUACAAAGUAAACAAGGUGCCAUUUGGAACUCAGUUCCAUGUCAUGUAAGAAAUUGGGACAUGCAAGUCCACUUCAAAGUUCAUGGAAAAGGAAGAGACUUGUUUGGCGAUGGUUUUGUCAUCUGGUAUGCAAAGGAAAGAAUGCUAACGGGUCCUGUAUUUGGAAAUCAAGAUUAUUUCCAAGGAUUAGCUAUAAUCCUAGAUACGUAUAGCAACCAUAAUGGUCCACAUAAUCAUCAACAUCCUUACAUCUCUGCCAUGGUUAAUAACGGUUCUUUACAUUAUGAUCACGAUCGCGAUGGAACCCAUACGCAACUUUCAGGCUGUGAAGCAAAAUUUAGAAACUUAGAUCAUGAUACGCAUAUUUCUAUACGAUACGAAAGAGAUACUCUAACUGUUUCCACAGAUUUUGCGAAUAAAGCUGCCUGGAAGGAGUGUUUCUCUGUAAAAGAUAUAAAACUUCCUACAGGCUAUUACUUCGGAAUAUCUGCAACGACGGGAGAUUUAUCAGACAAUCACGAUAUAUUGUCGAUCCGUUUGUUCGAAUUAGAUUUACCAGAUGAUCCAAGAGAUCAGGAAGAUAGGUCCAAUAUUUUACCCUCGGCUGCAUUUUACGAAGCUCCACGAGAACAUAUAGACGAUCCAAAGCAAUCGGCAUUAAGCAGAAUAAUGUUCUUCUUCCUAAUGCUCGUGGGCGCACUCGCAAUUAUAGCCUGCGUUGUAAUAGCAAUUAUGUGGUAUCAAAAGCAUCAGGAGAACAGUAGGAAACGUUUUUACUAAGUCGCGGUAUGUUACGAACUAUUUUACUUUCGAAUUUCUCGUUUAUAUCGGAUUAUUUCCAUGAAAUAAGAUGUAAUCAUAAAGUGUUCAUAAGACUGUUUCCUUGGAUAUAUUAGUUUAGAAAAUAAUAGUUAAUGUACCAACAGUUUUUUUUUUUAAAACCACUUUGACAAAAAAUUAUAUACAUAUAUGAAUAAUUGAACAGUUACGUUAACGUAUAAAUUAUUGCAGCAGUUACAAGACGUAUCGAAUUAUACUAUUACUACUCUGGUCCUAAUAAUGUUUAUCGUGCAUAGUACAGAGUUUAUUUACCAAAGUCUUCAUGGUCUUGAGUUGCUGCAAUAAAACGUUAGUACUUAAUUUCAGUAAAUGUAUAUUGCUGAACUAUUCGCGUAAGCGAUAAACAUCGUUCUAGUACAUCAAGUGUCCAUAUUUUUGCAAUAGGCAAACCGCAUAAUCGGGAACUGAUUUAUCAUAGAUCAACGCAUCAACACUUUUCUACGAGUCAGUAUAAGUUGAGAAAUGCGAUGGUGACCGCGACGAAUUAAUUCUAAGAACUAAAUGUAAAAGGAUAAGUUAUUCACAGUAAGUCUGGAACUUACGAUACUUCAAUGAAACAUCACACGUGGAUGGGAUAUCCGAUUUGAAAAAAAAAAAACAAACUCUAUAGAAACGAUAAUCGAUUUCUAUGAGAACAUUUUGUCUCACUUUUACGUAUCUUUAUAUACACGAAUUCAAUAUGGUCGAAAAGACUUUAUUGAUGUAGAUUUUAUAUUUGUACAUAAACAAACAAAACAUCAUCAACAUGGAAUAGUUGUAGAGUGAUUUCGUACUAUGUAAUUUUUUUUAUAUACAAAAACUAAGAUAAAGGAAACCAAAAUCUCCGAGUAAACAAUUGUCUUGUAAAAAAGUAAUAAUAAUAAUAAUAUCACUUGCAGAAAUAAUGUACGUCAUUUGUUGCCAAAUAUAAAAUAAAUAUGUUUUAAAUUGU